AUGGGAAUGGUGACAAGGACCUGCCUAGGCUGGGCCACAUUUCUGGUGUCAGAGCUGCAGAACCCUGACCUGGACUCAGAGGCACUGCUGGCCCUGCCCCUGACUCAGCUGGUGCAGAAGUUACACAGUGGGGAGCUGUCCCCUGAGGCGGCACUCUUCACCUACACCGGAAAGGCCUGGGAAGUAAACAAAGGGACCAACUGUGUGACCACCUACCUGGCAGACUGUGAGACUCAGCUGUCCCAGGCCGCACGGCGGGGCCUGCUCUAUGGCGUCCCUGUGAGCCUCAAGGAGUGCUUCAGCUACAAGGGCCAGGACUCCACGCUGGGCUUGAGCGUGAACGAGAGCGCGCCCGCAGACUGUGACAGCGUGGUCGUGCGGGUGCUGAAGCUGCAGGGCGCUGUGCCCUUCGUGCACACCAACAUCCCUCAGUCCAUGUUCAGCUAUGACUGCAGUAACCCCCUCUUUGGCCAGACCUUGAAUCCGUGGAAGUCCUCCAAAACCCCAGGGGGCUCCUCUGGGGGUGAAGGAGCCCUCAUUGGGGCUGGAGGCUCCCCCCUGGGCUUAGGCACUGACAUUGGAGGCAGCAUCCGCUUUCCCUCGGCCUUCUGUGGCAUCUGUGGCCUCAAGCCCACAUCAAACCGCAUCAGCAAGAGUGGCCUGAAGGGCUGUGUCUAUGGACAGGUAGCAGUGCAGCUCUCAGUUGGCCCCAUGGCCCGGGACGUGGAAAGCCUAGCACUGUGCCUGCGAGCACUGCUGUGUGAGGACAUGUUCCGCUUGGACCCCACUGUGCCCCCGCUGCCCUUCAGGGAGGAGGUCUACACAAGCUCUCGGCCUCUGCGUGUGGGGUAUUAUGAGACUGACAAGUAUACCAUGCCCACCCCGGCCAUGAAGCGGGCCGUGCUGGAGACGAAGCAGAGCCUUGAGGCUGCUGGCCACACGCUGGUUCCCUUCCUGCCAAGCAACAUACCCCGUGCUCUGGAGACCCUGUCAACCGGUGGGCUGUUCAGUGAUGGAGGCCACAGCUUCCUGCAGAACUUCAAAGGUGAUUUCGUGGACCCCUGCUUGGGAGACCUGAUCUCCAUUCUGAAGAUGCCAAGGUGGUUGAAAGGACUGCUGGCUUUCGUGCUGAAGCCUCUGCUCCCAAGGGUGGCAGCUUUUCUUAACAGCAUGAAGCCCCGGUCGGCUGGCAAGCUCUGGGAACUGCAGCACGAGAUCGAGGUGUACCGCAACUCCGUGAUUGCCCAGUGGAGGGCGCUGGACCUGGACGUGCUGCUCACCCCCAUGUUGGGCCCUGCUCUGGACCUGAAUGCCCCAGGCAAGGCCACAGGGGCCGUCAGCUACACUCUGCUCUACAACUGCCUGGACUUCCCCGCGGGGGUGGUGCCUGUCACCUCGGUGACCGCAGAGGAUGAGGCCCGGAUGGAGCAUUACAGGGGCUACUUUGGGGAUAUCUGGGACAAGGCGCUAUGGAAGGCCACGAAAAAGAGCGUGGGGCUGCCCGUGGCCGUGCAGUGCGUGGCUCUGCCAUGGCAGGAAGAGUUGUGCCUGCGGUUCAUGCGGGAGGUGGAGCGACUGAUGAGCCCCGAGAAGCGGCCAUCCUGACUGCUGCCUGCCUGCCGCCUGGCUCCGGAGGGCCCCAGACCGUCUCGAUCUGCACCCAGCCUCGUGUGGGCGUAGCGGCCGCCCUGGGAGGAAAUGUUCGGCCGGGAGCAGAGACCUCCAUGUCCCCCUCCCCCGAUCCCCUACAAGAAGCACAGACCCCCUGAGUCUGGACCUUGCUCCCCAUUCUGGUCCCCUCCCUCUGCCCUGACAUACACCCCCCCUCCCAUGUGGCAGCCAGUGGGUAAGAUAUGGGCAGAGGCCCAUUAACAGUCAAGAAAUGUUUCUAGUCUAUAUUUUCUGGCUGGCAUUGUUAGGGCACUGGGGGUUGAGCCCUACUCCGGCCUUGGCAGUCUCCUGGUUCCCAACCCUCACAGGAGCCUUGCAGCCCCAGCACCUCCCCCUCCCCUGCUCCCCCUACUUAGACUAAGACCUUUUUUGCUAGGCAUUGCCCUUCUCUUCUUUCUUUGCUCCUUUCCCUCUGCCGAGGAUGCCCUUUCUGCUCCUCUGCCAUUAAAUCCUUUGAGGCCCUCCUCAGAUCCCUCUUUCUCGAGAAGGCCUUCCCUCCUUCCUCUGA